AUACACUUCUGUCCAUCUCACGAGCGAGGAAGGUAGUUGCACAUUACCGACUAUCAGCAGUAGCUACCGGAGCCGCAUGAGAAACACCGAGUGAAAGCCGCGAAACAGUACGAGGAGCCUGCAAAGUGUGCUUGACUCAAAAGUACGGAAAAGAGGAAACUUCGCAUAAACUAUGGCCGUAUCAGCAACUCCUCCGGUGCUUUCACCGACCUCCACUCCCGGGGGCGCGAGCAGCCUGUUCCGUCCCGACUCUCUGUACUCCAGCCCGGCCGAGUCUCCGCGACUGACCAGCAGCAUGAUCAACUCUUUCAUCUCCGGCACCGGCGGCGGCGGCACUAACGGGAACGGGCCCGGCGUGGUCCACAAUAACGAGUGUAAGAUGGUGGAGGUGCACGGGGUGAAAGUGGCCUCGUUCACCGUGGACGGGCAGGAGCUCAUCUGCCUCCCGCAGGUGUUCGACCUGUUCCUGAAGCACCUGGUCGGCGGACUGCACACCGUCUACACCAAGCUGAAGCGGCUGGAUAUAUGUCCGGUGGUGUGCACGGUGGAGCAGGUGCGGAUCCUGCGCGGACUUGGGGCCAUUCAGCCGGGCGUGAACCGGUGCAAACUCAUCACCCGAAAAGACUUCGAGGCGCUUUAUAACGACUGCACCAAUGCCAGUUCUCGGCCCGGUCGUCCUCCCAAGCGUUCUCUCGGCGUGGCGAUGCAGGACAGCUCUCGUCUGCUUCCUCACAGCGUUCACGGCCUGCUCUCUCCCAGUCUGCUCUCCCCGACAGGUCUGACAGCAGCAGCCAUGGCUGAAGCUAUGAAACUGCAGAAAAUGAAACUGAUGGCCAUGAACAGCAUGCACGGAAGCCAGAACGGUACCGAGUCAGAGAACGAGGAGCUGAACUCCAGUGCAGGCGGCAGCGAGUCGUCCUGGGAUAAAGAGAAACUCCAGUCCCCCCCCUCCUCCAGAGCCCAGCAUGGUCUGGCUCACGCCGGCCUCUCCGCUCAGCAUGGCCUGUCAGGGUCUCAUCUCUCUUCCCUACAGCAGAGUCAUCUCCUGGCUAACCGGCUGGACCUGCCGUUUAUGAUGAUGCCCCACCCCCUGCUGCCCGUCAGUCUGCCGCCUGCCUCCGUUGCCAUGGCGAUGAACCAGAUGAACCACCUGAACACCAUCGCCAACAUGGCCGCAGCUGCUCAGAUGCACAGCCCCCUGUCCAGAGCAGGAUCGUCCGUCAUCAAGGAGUGUGUACAGGACAGUCCGUCUCCUGCUCCGUCUCUGGAGGAAACCCCUCGUCCCGGAUCACAGCCCUCUUCACACCCCAGCAGUAGUGUGUCCAGCUCCCCAAACCCACACACACAGAGUCCUGAACGCCUGGUUUUGAACCCAACCGAUGGAGAACUGCCAGAACGAGACACCGGCAUCAAUAUGAAGAAAAUCCUUAAAGAGAAAGAUGAGGCUCAGUUAGCUUUGCCCAUACAGAAGCAAGGGUUCGAGAAGCUUCCUCUGGGCACCCAGACUCUUCCUCCAGGCUUCCCCGCUCCCUUCCUGUUUGCAGAUGGCCUCUCUUCCGUGGAGACAUUGCUCACUAACAUCCAGGGGCUGCUGAAGGUGGCUGUGGAUAAUGCCCGUGUGCAGGAGAAACAGGUGCAACAGGAACGCAAGGAGUUAAAGAUGGAGCUGUACAGAGAAAGAGAGAUGAGAGAGAGUCUGGAGAGACAACUCACCUCUGAACUGCACAGCCGAGCCACUAUUCAGAAGCGUCUGAAGAAGGAAAAGAAGGCGAAGAGGAAACUGCAGGAGGCUCUGGAGUUUGAGUCUAAGAGGAGAGAGCAGGUGGAACAUGCGCUCAAACAGGCCACAUCUCCUGAGAGUCUCCGCAUGAGUCUCAACGAGGCAGUGAUACCAGAGGUGAAGUCUGAACAUAAUGGCAGCCAGCAGGAGAACUCAGCUGUACAAGAAAACAGACCCUACUCCAAACCUCCCAUCAUGUACUGAAGCUUCUGACAUCUUUAGUCCCACGACAGACAGCUCAGCUCAGCUCAUCUCAGCCCAGAGACGGAUGGAGCCACAUGGAGAGGGGUUUGUGGGGCUUCUUCCCGGAGGAAAAGUGGUGCGGGUGACCGGGCACCUGAACCCAUGUACAGGACUUGAGUGUGUGUGUGUGUGUGUGUAUGUGUGUGGAGGUGCAGCGCAUCUGCGGUCCUCAUGAGACGCGUGUAUGUGUCUUGAGCACUGCUUGUUGGCGACCUUUCAUCACAUGCACCUACUUGUAAAAAAAUGUCUUUCUUUCUUGUUUUGACUACUUCUACAUCCCACACUUUUUUGAGAUUAAAAGAAAUGUUUGUUUUCCUGGAUUAAAAUCUCAUUACCUGAUGAAUUCCCCUUCUUUAUGUGAAGCACACAGAUUCACCCUAAAGUAAUCUUCAGUUUGUUAUUAUUAUUAUUAUUAUUGAGUGUGAUCUGCUGAUCCCCCAUGAUUCUGAACAGCACAACAGUUUUGACGAGUCUGUAGAGAACUUUGUCCACAGCACCUCUACAUGAAGGGACAAAAGAGACAAAUAUUAUGAGGACAGACUCCAAACAAGACAUGUGCUUCUUUAAUAAACAUUGUCUGCAUUUGUUGUUUUGCCUUUUAAGAAAGGGAUUCUAUAUCAACAUUUCGUUUUUUUCUAAUUUGUUGUAUUUUUUUUAGAAAAUGUAGAAAUAUUUUCCCCAUGUUGUCGUUUCCCCUCCCUAUGUUUAUUAAUCUGGUGUUUAUUUUAUUAUCUGCUUUGUUAUUUUCCAUUGUAUUUUAAUCAGCAUUUCAAACAGAUGCUCAAGUGAUCUUGAAACAAACGUUCUUUGUUCGUCUUUGCUGUCUUACUUUGCCCCGUGACAAUGUUUUUCUCUAUUGCUGCUUAACUUAAAAAGUAAAAAAAAAAGAAGUGUUCAUUUGAUGUUGCUAUAAACACAGUAUUACAGUACUCCCCCUUCUGUUUUUACCCGUUUAUAAAGACUUGUAAACAUGCUUUAGCGUUUGCUAUCCUGACGUUGUUAUUACGUGGAUACAUUUUUAGUGACGAAAAAGAGAUGAGAAGUACCCUUAUGCACAUCCAGAGCGAGCAUGCUUGUAAAUACAAUAAUGAAAAAUGACACGUAUCGAUUGAAAAUAAAACGCUGCCUCUUCAAAUCUAUUUUUAAACAUUUCUAGCGACUCCAUAGGUAAUGCAAUCAGAAAUCGGCAGCUAUCGAUGAUGUUGAAUCUUGUUUUCAAAUGGCAACAGACACUUAUCACAGCCUUGCACAUGCCACGACGAAUAAAACACCCCUAUGGACGACUUGGUAGGUUUUGAUUUUUUCCCCCUUUGAGUAAUAAAAUUAAGAUGGAAACA